CAGAUUUAAUAUUUAAACAUCACAUUUAAACACUAUUUUGGACAAAAAAAAGAAAGAAAGAAGUAACGCACGUCUCCAAAGCGCAGCGCCCUUUCUCCAAUGAAAUAUCUCCCCGCUGCGGAUCGAGUAAGUAAGCGGAUCAGUGAGACCAGCGACGGUACAGAGCCUCGUCCCGGUGCUGUGGUCUCUUUGUUGACCCCUCUGGAUCCACUUCGGCAGGCAAAGCGGCUUCCUAUCCGAGUUAUCAAGAUGUUGACUGCGCACACUGGACACUUGCUACACCCGGAAUAUUUACAGCCUUUGACGUCCGCGCCAGUGAGCAUUGAGCUGGAUGCCAAGAAGAGUCCACUGGCCCUCCUGGCACAGACCUGCUCUCAGAUUGGUAAACCAGACCCUCCGUCCUCCUCCAAGCUGGGCUCCUCCUGCAGCCAGGGGGACAAGGAGCCCAGCAGUCGGUCGUCCAGCCUGAAGCUUGGCGAGCACCGCCCCUCCCUGGAGGAUAAGUGUAGCUUCAAGCCGUACAACAAAAGCAGCGGAGACAGUCGCAGAGACGGAGUCACCAGCAGCAGCUCCAACAGCAGCGAUAAGGUCGGGUUCAGGGUACCCAGCAAUAAUGUUACCACUAAUGGGAAUUCAACCACUGGCCUGCAGUCGUAUCCGCCCCACGCUGCUUCACCCGGCUCCAGAGCCAGCAGCGGCACCCCGCCAGGACAUGCUCAGCAGCCGCCGCCGCCACCGCUUCACAAACAGAGCCACUCUCCUGGUGGACGGCCCGCGUCCCGGACUCCAAGCGGAGAGACUGCACACGAGCAAGGCAGUCCUACCAGCACGAGCGGCGGUAGCAAUCAUCCCAAAAAGGACGGCGACAUAAACAAGACCAGCUCGGACAGCCCGCACGACGCGAACUCCAGCCACGUUAGAGCCAGCGCGAACUGCAGCAACGGCAGCUCCGACACCGGCUCCACCCACGAGGGGGGUAAAGCAGAUUCCGCCCAGACGAACCUCGUGCCCGGACGCAUUACACCCAUUUCUCCUUAUAAGACAAGCCAACCGCUCUUCCCCCUGCCCUCCUCUAAUAUGGGCUACCACGGAUCCGUAGUGGGGGCAUACGCUGGCUACCCGUCUCAGUUCCACCCUGGGUUGGAUCCGACAAAGCCGAGCCUCAGCGUGGGAAGCAUGGGAAAGCACCCGAGCUCCAGCCCUCUCACGGGUGCCUCCCCUCCUUCCUUUAUGCAGGGUUUAUGUCGGGACCCUUACUGUCUAAGCUAUCCGAGUGUGUCCCAUCUCGGCGGCAGCAACUGCAACUCCUGCAUCCACGACCCGUCCUCCACGCUCAAGUCAAACUUCCCGUUGGUGUACCCCUCCCACCCGCUCCACUCCCUCCACCAGAGCUCCCUCUCGUCCAGCGUGACCUCCUCCCUCUCGCAUCCGCUCUACACGUAUGGCUUCAUGCUCCCCAACGACCCCCUGCCCCACGCCUGCAACUGGGUCUCCGCCAGCGGGCCCUGCGACAAACGCUUCGCCACGUCAGACGAGCUCCUCGCUCACCUGCGCACGCACACGUCUCUGCCCGUGGGAAUGGACAGUAAGCUGCUCUCUGUUUCCUCCUCUGGACCCGCCUCCUGCCACCUUCACCUCCCCCACCAGAGCAGCCCAGGCUCCAUGCCAGGCUCCCUCUCCCUCAGGGCUCCCCCCAGCCUGGGUUUAGCUCGCUAUCACCCUUACAGUAAGGUCCAUCUGCCCCCUGGACCUUCCCCCAUCUCCCUGCACUCUCUGCCCACCACGGGCCCGUACUACCCUCAUUACGCCCUCUACAGUCAAAGACUUGGAUCUGCGUCUGCGUUGGGCUACCAGUGAUACAGCAUCGCCUCACCCGUUUAAAGGAAUGGUUCGACCUUUUGGGAAAAUAUGCUUAUUCGCUCUCUAGUGGCGAGUUAGACUGGGAUGCGACUUGAUGCCGCGAUCUGGCUUAGCUUAGCCUAGCACAAAGACUGGAAACGGGGGGAAACAGCUAGCCGGGGACUCCAGGAAGUUACAGCUCCCAGCCAGGAAAUAGUCCGGCACAUAACUCCUACAGAUUAAACAAAUUAAUUUAGGAAGCUUCAGAGGUGCUGGACAGAGCCAGGCUAGCUGUUACCCCCUGUUUCAAGUCUUUGUGCUAAGCUAAGCUAACCUGCAGCUGCUUGUAGCCUCAUAUGUAAGAAUACAGUUUAUUUAUAGAGGGCUUUUUUAACUCAAAGACACUUAAAAUGAAAUAAAUAAAUAUACAAGGUAUCAUUCCUCUCGUCUAACUUUCCGCCAGAAUGCCAAUAAGCUUGUUUUUUUAUAUUUAAAAACGUCAAACUAUCUUUUAAGUUUGUACUUAAUGGCGGCAAGUUGCUGCUGUUUCUUCAGACUGGAUUCAAGUGGAACUUUGUGCAAAGUCCUGGAUUUUUUUUUUGUACUUGAGUGUAUCUUCACACUUUCUUUACACGUUAUAUAUGAUAGAUUUGGCAUUUUUUUUGUUUUUUUGUUUUUUUAAAUUAGUGCUCCUGAAGAUCAGAGAGGACACGAGUGGCUCUCGCAUGUCUGCACAUUGCCUCGGAUACUUUUUCAACAGUCUGCGACUGCCCUUCGGGUGACUUUUGCUGCCCUGUGGGCUUGGCAAAAUUGAUGGUUAGACCGUAAUAGCACUUGGAUGUUCAGGUUACCGCUGAAAUGAUGGUGAUUUAGUGCGGAAAAAUGUAGUGUGGCGGCGGCGGCGGCUGGCGUAGGGUGGUGGGAGGGGGGGGUGGCAAUAAGCUGCAGCCGUGGACUGAUGUGAAGUCUGACCACAGUCGCUUUCUCCCUGCAAGAGAUGCAUGUAAGCUUGACACAGCAACUGUUUCUCCUUCCCCCUGAUGGUUUGUGAUGGUUUGUUUUGGUUCCUUAUGUUUUUUGUUUAUUCCUACUGAGAAGUUGUAUUUAUUUUUUACCCGGGAAUCUGGCCCCUCAUCGUUUUACAGUUUAAAUCAAAUCCCCAUUUUACAGACGUUGUGGGAAAAAGCCAGAUGUUGAAAUAUGUCUUCACACUUGAUGAAUGUUGAAAAUCACAU